UGCUGAAGAGGAGGAGGAGGAGGGGGAGCGGAGGGAGGUGUUUCUGUCAGUUCCGGCUGUUUGUUCGGGAAGUGGAUCCGCCGCUGCCGGAGCACCCCGGAGGGAGCUGCGGAUCGCGAGGCCAGCACCGACCCCGCCCGCUAGCGCUCGCCUCCCCCGCCCGCCAUGGCCCGGGACUACGACCACCUCUUCAAGCUGCUCAUCAUCGGCGACAGCGGUGUCGGCAAGAGCAGUUUACUGUUACGUUUUGCAGACAACACUUUCUCAGGCAGUUACAUCACCACGAUCGGAGUGGAUUUUAAGAUUCGGACUGUGGAGAUCAACGGGGAGAAAGUGAAGCUGCAGAUCUGGGACACGGCCGGGCAGGAGCGCUUCCGCACCAUCACCUCCACAUAUUAUCGGGGGACCCAUGGGGUCAUCGUGGUCUAUGACGUCACCAGCGCCGAAUCCUUUGUCAACGUCAAGCGGUGGCUUCACGAAAUCAACCAGAACUGUGAUGACGUGUGCCGAAUACUAGUGGGGAAUAAGAAUGACGACCCUGAGCGGAAGGUGGUGGAGACAGAAGACGCCUACAAAUUCGCCGGGCAGAUGGGGAUCCAGUUGUUUGAGACCAGCGCCAAGGAGAACGUCAACGUGGAAGAGAUGUUCAACUGCAUCACAGAGCUGGUCCUCCGAGCAAAGAAAGACAACUUAGCGAAACAGCAGCAGCAACAACAGAACGAUGUGGUGAAGCUCACGAAGAACAGUAAACGAAAGAAACGCUGCUGCUAAUGCCCCCAGCCCACUGCAGAGACUGCACUGCGGCCACUCCCCCUGCCCCAGGCCAGGGGGCUCCUCUCCUCGGGGGACACUGUUUCGUGCCGUUAUUUAAAGAAUUCUCUCCACGUUUUUGUACCGGGAGGCGCCAUCGGCACUUCCUCCCCUCCCCCCUCGAGUGCCAAGAAGGUGUUGGACAGCCUGCCCUUCCCUUCUGGCGCCCCUGCCCCCCGGCCAAGGCGCCUGGGCCCGGCGAGGACGCUGCCAGCCGAGCGGACUGAUUAACCG